UUAAAACGCAUUUAAUUUGUCAAAAAACAUGUCAUACGCCGGCUACAGCCAGCUGCCCAGCGGCAGCGACCACGAGCAGCGCCAGCAGCAGCUGGCUGCGAACACUUACGAUAUCCUGCAGCGUACGGGCGACAGCAUUCAGCGCUCCAACCAGAUUGCAAUAGAAACUGAGAAUAUGGGGGCGGAGGUGCUCGGCGAGCUGGGAGAGCAACGCGAGUCUUUGCUCCGCACCACGCGUCGCCUGGAAGAUGCCGACCAGGAUCUGUCCAAGUCUCGCGUCAUCAUUCGCAAGCUCGGCCGCGAAGUCCUGUACAACAAGAUUAUACUGAUACUUAUAAUCAUAUUGGAGUUGGGCAUACUCAUUGGCCUGCUGGUGCUAAAGUUCGCCCACCUGUGAGAGCUACUGGAAGUGGACCCUUGUUUUUAUUCCAAAGUUAUAAUGUACCCAGCGAUUAAUUCGGGCAUUUGAUUACGUUUAUUUGAAUUGUUCUACCUGUAACAUCAACGUUAAGCCCAUGCCUUAGACACACACUAGAGUAAGUUACAUUUCGCAUUAUAAUAAUAAACACAGAUAAUAUAGUUGGAAGUUCUCCGCCCCGCUCCCAUA